AUGUGGCCGGUGCUAGACCAGGUGUGGAGUCAGAUGUUUGGCCAGGUGUGGAGUCAGAUGCUUGGCCAGGUGUGGAGUCAGGUGCUAGACCAGUGGUGCAGUGACCAGUGGUACGGUGACCAGUGGUAUGGUGACCAGUGGUAUGGUGACCAGUGGUACGGUGACCAGUGGUACGGUGACCAGGGUACGGUGACCAGUGGUACGGUGACCAGUGGUGCAGUGACCAGUGGUACGGUGACCAGUGGUACGGUGACCAGUGGUAUGGUGACCAGUGGUACGGUGACCGGUACGGUGACCAGUGGUACGGUGACCAGUGGUACGGUGACCAGUGGUACGGUGACCAGUGGUACGGUGAUCAAGAAGUACGGUGCUUCCUCACAAGUUACAUCA